UGUUUGAUUGGAUUGGAUUUAUUUACCGUCUCCUCCUAGGUAUGAUGAAUCGAAACAGCUCUUUUAACAGCAGACUCUGCAAGGACAUGACACCAUCCUGCAUGGACUGCCCUUCCUGCCUUUGUCUGAUUGGAUAGGACAGGUCUGAGCCCUUCAAUUAAGUCAACAACCGUCGUGAAACUUUCGCUGUGAAGACUUUCUACGGAGCUGUGGAGAGCCAGUGUUCACCAUGAGAGUAGCGUCUGCCCUGCUUACUGCACUGACCGCCUUCUCAGCCUAUUAUGUGUACACUCCUCUGCCCAGCACAGUGUCCGAGCCCUGGAAGCUCAUGCUGCUAGACGCCACCUUCAGAUGUGCGCAGGAUUUGAGCAACCUGGCCCAUUAUAUUGGCUUUAGCCAUCACUUGAGGGUCCUGAAUUUCAUCUCUGGUUACUUUGACAAGCUUGAUCCGUUUUCAUCUGGCCAUCUAAAAGUUACAGACACUGUCUUUGAUGGAGUGGAGGUCAGAAUCUUUGAGCCCAUGAAGGAGCCUUAUGAAACUUUAAAGCGCAGCAUUAUUUAUAUCCAUGGAGGAGGAUGGGCUCUCGGAGGUGCAAGAAUGAGAUCUUACGACAGUUUGUGUCGGAAAAUAUCUGAGGAUGUGAACGCAGUGGUUGUCUCAAUUGAAUACAGGUUAGUGCCAGAUGUUCAUUUCCCCACACCAGUGUACGAUGUAUUGUCUGCUUCAAAGUACUUCAUGCGUCCAGAAGUUCUCGAGAAGUACUCUGUUGACCCGGACAGGAUUGCCAUUUCUGGAGAUAGUGCAGGAGGGAAUCUGGCUGCCGUUGUGUGUCAGCAGCUUGCUGAAGAUCCCAAUGUAACAACCAAAGUAAAACUUCAAGCUUUAAUUUACCCAGUACUUCAACUAUUAGACUUCAAUACACCUUCUUAUCAGCAAAACACAGACAUGCCCAUCCUCUCUCGAUUUGUUAUGAUUAAGUUCUGGUUGGACUACCUAAAUGGGAGCCAUGCAUAUGCCCAUGCAUUGCUGGUUAACAAUCAUACAUCUCUUGACGUAAGGGAGGCUGGUUCCCUACGGGAACGUUUAAACUGGAAUUCACUACUUCCCUUGGCUUUCAAGAAGGACUACAAGCCUGUGUUGCAAAGCACUGGGACCCCUAAUAUAAUCCAAGCGAUACCUGCAUUACUUGAUAUACGGGCCUCUCCUUUAAUAGCACAGAAGGAGACCCUUCAGCUUCUUCCAAAGACUUAUAUCCUGACCUGCGAGCAUGACGUGCUGAGGGACGAUGGAAGUAUGUACGCCAGGCGAUUGCAAGAGGCAGGGAUUGAUGUUACUCAUGAUCACUACGAAGACGGGUUCCAUGGCUGCAUGAUCUUUGCCACUUGGCCAACCUACUUCUCAAUUGGUGCUCGGACAAGAGAUGCUUACAUCAAAUGGCUUAAUGAGAAUCUGUAGAGAACAACAAAGCAGUACCAUUGUCAGCUAGUCUAUAUUCAUUUGGCACAUUGCAUAAAAAUCCAUCUAGUGCCAUAGUCCAUCAGAGCUAAAUGGGAAGAAGCAUCACUGCAUGUUUGCCACUUUAAAAUAAUGUUGUAUAUACAUACAUGGGUGUCAUUUAAAGCGGGACUAGAAACACAAUGCCCUCUUUUGUCAACCACAUUGUGAGAAAACCAAGAUUUUAUUUAAGUAGGCCCUAGACAGAAUAGUACUUGAAAACACAUAACGCUUCCUAAUGCUAAAGUAACUGGAAUAUAUGUGUGACACAGAAAAAGGCAAAUCUUUUUUCUUUAAAAGUAUGGGAUGUCAAAUGCUUAGAACCUGAAACAUGCAGCAUUGCACCUAAAAACAUGUCAUUUUUAAUAUUAGUACUGGGUAUAGUUGGGGUCUUUUUAUGUUGUUUAACACUGAAAUAUCUUUGCACUUUCAUACAUUAACCCUUAUAGUUUUAGAAGGGGAAGGAAGCGAAGCUUCAGGAUUAUUGGGUAGGGUCCAGCAAUAACAACACUCCAAACACACUCAAACUCACAAACAGAAGUAAAGAGAACAAAGAAAAUACCCCACUCCAUACUAGAAAAUGUUCUGGGAAAUGUUGUGACUGUCCUUCAAAUAAUGUUUCAUAAGAAAAAUACAAGCUAAAGUGAAACUGUGUUUUGAGUAUAGAAAUGCCAGGCUGAGCUUAUCACCAACCCCACUUCUGAGUUCAGAGAUGCUGAUGUAUGGGAAGGGUUUGUACUGCUGAGUAUGCGAUGCUAUACACAGGUGUAUAUCUUUGGAAAAUACACAUUGCUCAUCCAUUUUCCUGACUGCAGCCCUAAGUCUCUAGGUACAGUAGCUUUUUCUAACAAGACAAUGGGGACGCUAUCAGAUU